AUGAAUUUGAACUCAGUUUUAAAACCAAUACUUGAGGAAGAAGGAGGAACUACUGAUACUCUUUACAAGAAGAAGCAAUUACAAAAAUAGGAAUGGAAUAAAUUCUAUGAUACUAUGGACAUUGUUAAUGUAUUAUUAUUCAAUUUAUUAUUAGGGUACUCCAAUCUAUUCAAUAAUGAAUCAUGAACCUAUUGUAUUAUUAAUUCAUGGAGCUGGACAUUGUGCUAUGACUUUUGCUUUAUUGUGUUAAGAAUUAAAAACAUUUUGUAGUUGUAUUACAUAUGAUUUGAUGUAACAUGGAUAGUCUCUGAAAACAGAAUCAUUAGAAAUGGAUAAUCUAAUUAAAGAAUGUGAGGAUGUUAUAGAUUACAUAAGAUUGAAUAAUCCAAAUACUAAUAUUCUUUUAUUAGGACAUAGUCUAGGAGCAGCAAUUGCUUGUAAAUUGAAACCAAAAUCAUUUAUAAGAGGUCUUAUUGUUAUAGAUAUGAUUGAAAGUAAAGCUAUUGAAAGUAUUAAAUUGAUGGAAUAAGAAUUGAGAAAGAGACCCUCUUAAUUUUAUUCAUAUUCUAGUGCAAUAAGUUACCAUUUGUCUAAUAAUUUAAUUAAAAAUCCUUAAUCAGCUUAAAUUACUGUUCCUCAUUAUUUAAAUGAUAAUUUAGAAUGGAAAGUAGAUUUAAUUUAAACUAAAAAAUAUUGGUAAUAAUGGUUUUAAGGAAUUCAAAAUGGUUUUGAUAAUUUCCCAUAUUCUAAAUUAUUAUUUGUUGCUGAAAUGAAUAGAUUAUGUUCUAUUUAAUUCAAAUAAAAUAAAUACACAAUUCAUCUUUUUGAUAAAUCUGGUCAUUCUAUGCAUGAAGAUCAACCUGAAAGAAUGGCAAAACAUAUAUCAGAUUUCAUUUUCUAAGAGAAAAUUCCAAUAAAUUCUAAAGAAAUAGAAUAAUUAAAUAAUUAAGGUGUAUAAAACUUUGAAUCUAAAGCUUUGUAAUAUGAUAAAUAAUUGAAAAAUAUUAUUUGA